CCCCAGCCGAACUUCCGGCCCAACCGGGAGCUGGCCAAGGUCAUCGCCAUCGCCAAGCGGCUGAGCGCCCAGGCCGGCCAGGCCGCCGGGGGCGCGCGCGCCUGCCCCACCCACCAGGAGGCGCUGAAGCUCUUCUGCCAGGAGGAGCAAGCCCCCAUCUGCGUGGUCUGCCGGGAGUCCCAGGCCCACCGCAGCCACCCCGUGGUGCCACUCGAGGAGGCGGCGCAGGCGUACAAGGAAAAAGUCCAGCUCCGAAUCCGGUCGCUGAAGGAAGAGGACAUCCAAAGCAUCUUGAGCAGGGGCGAGUUGGAGAAGGUCCUAGACCCGGAGAUUUCUUCGGAGCCAGAGAAAGCUGCCCCCAGCAAGGUCGCUCAUAAAAUGAUCGCGCUCACGGAGGCGCUGCGGAAAUUCCAAGUGGACGUGACGCUGGACCCCGACACGGCCCCCCCCCGCCUGGUCCUGUCGCCGGAGGGCGAUGGGGGGCGGGGGGAGGACACCCGCCAGCCCGUGCCCGACAGCCCCAAGCGGUUCGACGCCUCCCGCUGCGUGCUGGGCCGGGAGGGCUUCUCGGCCGGCCGGCACUACUGGGAGGGGGCGGUGGAGGCCGGGGACGCCUGGGCCGUGGGGGUGGCCCGGGAGUCGGUGCGGCGGAAGGGCCGGGUGAACGUCAACCCGGAGGAGGGCAUCUGGGCCGUGGGGCAGUGCGGGGCCCAGACCUUGGCCCUCACCUCCCCCAAGAUCCCCCUCUCCCUGGCGGGCAGGCCCCGCGCCAUCGGGGUGUACCUGGACUGCGACGGGGGGCGGGUGGCCUUCUUCGCCCCCGAGAACGAGGCCCCCCUCUUCACCUUCCCGCCGGGCUCCAUCCCUGGGGAGACCCACGCCCUGCGCUGCCACGUGUGCAAACACAAACUCCUCCUCUUCGGCUGCGUCCAGGGCUCCGGCGAAGCGACCUGCGGCUGGAGGGAGCGAUGCGCCAACAUUAAAGCCUCGCUGGGGAUGUUGCCCGUGUACUACCGGCUGAACUGCACCUCCGUGGCCAACUGCGGCAAGGAGGAAAUCCAGAGCCGCCUGGGGGUCCUGAAGCAGGAGAGAGACGAGCUGCUGGAGUUUAAAUCCGCAGAUGCCAAGAAAAGCCAGGAGCUGCUGCAAGAAUUGCUUCCUGGGGGCCCCGCUUGCAAAGUUUCGGAGCCAGGGGCCGGCAAGAGGAAUUCACGUUGCCCGGGGUGUGCAGUGCAAUUAGGACGCAUUUCUCUCUUUUUCUCCCCGCUCCAGGACGUGAUGAGCAUCGUGAGCAGAAGCAGCAGCCUGACGUUCCAGAAGCCGGAGUCUGUCUCCUCGGAGGUGAAAAGCGCCAUCGGCAACUUCUCUCUCCAGACCGCCGGCCUCCAGGCCGCGUUCAGGAAAUUCAAAGCCUCUCUGCAAGAUGAACUGGGGAAAGGCGAAAAAGAGGACCUGACUCUGGACCCGGAGACAGCCAACCACCUUCUGGUCCUCUCCGCCGACCUCAAGAGCGUGAGGAUGGGGUGCCGAAAGCAAGAGCUGCCCAACAGCCCCAAGCGGUUCGACACCAACUCGCGGGUGCUGGCGCUGGAAGGCUUCCGGUCAGGCCGGCACUACUGGGAGGUGGAGGUGGGGGCCUCGGACGGCUGGGCGUUCGGGGUGGCCCGGGAGUCAGUGCGACGGAAAGGCCUGACUCAAUUUGCCCCCGAGGAGGGUAUCUGGGCCCUGCAGCAAAACGGCGGGCGCUACCGGGCCGUCACCUCCCCACAACGCACCCCGCUGGGCCUGGGCGAGAAACUCAGCCGAGUCCGGGUCUGCCUGGACUACGAAGGGGAAGAGGUGGCCUUCUACAACGCCGACACCAGGCAGCACCUGUUCACCUUCCACGUGGCCUUCGACGAGCAAGUCUUCCCCCUCUUCUCCGUCUGCUCCACCAUCACCUACCUCAAACUGUGCCCCUGACCCGCGCCGCACGGGGGGAGCGGCCCAAAGCCAACUGCGCCCAUCUCGUCCCGAUCCCGACAACGCGUCGGCCACGGCGCCCGGCGGCCGAAGUGGGCCGUGGAUCGGAACUGGAGCCACGAGGAGAGACCGUCAGUGUAGAGAAAACGGUCAGCAAGGCAAGAGCCGCGUGAGCGGGUCUACGGUCUUCUGGCGCCAAACCAAUGGAACUGAGGCCCACUCUGGAUUAAACGCGUCUACACGGGGGAGGUGUUCUAGUCUAACCAGCUCAACUGUACCGCCACGGAGUUCAACUGCUGCAAAUGUAAAUGAGGCCUGCUCUGGAUUAAACGCGUCUACAUGGGGGAGGUGUUCUAGUCUAACCAGAUCAGCUGUACCGCCAUGUAGUUCUACUGUUGCAAAUGUAAAUGAGGCCUGCUCUGGAUUAAACACGUCUACACAGGGGAUGUCUAACCAGGCCUUAAUGAGAGCCUGUGCAUAGUGUCCUUCCUUGAAGAUUUGAUGUGCGUCGUAUUUCUGUGACCUCGGUACCUCUUCUAUGUACAAGUUGUUUGAUAAGAAUAUCAGAACGGCCAGACGGGGUCAGACCAAAGGUCCAUCCAGCCAAGUGUCCUGUCUGCCCACAGUGGCCAAUGCCAGAUGCCCCAGAGGGAGGGAACACAACAGGUAAUCCUCAUGUGAUCCCGCCGCCAUCGCCCAUUUCCUGAUAAACACCCUCCCUACCCAUCCUAGCGAGUAGCCACUGAUGGACGUAUCCAGCUCUUUUUUUGAACGCUCUUAUAUUCUUUAGUCUUCACAACAUCCUUUGGUGAGGAGUUCCACAGGUUGACCGUGCAUGGCGUGAAAAAAUGCUUUCUUCUGUUUGUUUGAAACCUGCUGCCUCUUAAUUUUAUUGGGCGACCCCUGAUUAUAUGCUGGCAAAUAAUUCAUUGCACGUUGGGGCUUGGAAACGCGCCGUUGGCCAAAAGACCUUGCAGUGGAAAUAAAGUUUGAAGGCAUUUUAUGAAUGUGUUUUUUGCUUUGAUAGGGUUCAAAACGGAUCUUCUGUUGGAAAGUUAGGC